AGCGCAGGCAAGAGGAGCGGCAGCGCCGGCGGCGAAGGGUUCAGCAGCAAGAGAUGCUCCUGGCAGAGAGCCUGGGCAAGCACCCCCUGCAGAACAGGUGGGCACUGUGGUUCUUCAAGAAUGACAAGAGCAAGAUGUGGCAGGCAAACCUGCGCCUUGUCACCAAGUUCAGCACUGUGGAGGACUUCUGGGCGCUGUACAGCCACAUCCAGCUCGCCAGCAAGCUCACAUCUGGCUGUGACUACUCCCUCUUCAAGGAUGGCAUCGAGCCCAUGUGGGAGGACAGCCAGAACAAGCGUGGUGGGCGCUGGCUCAUCACCCUGGCCAAGCAGCAGCGGCACACCGAGCUGGACCGUUUCUGGCUGGAGACGCUGCUAUGCCUCAUUGGGGAGAUGUUUGACGAGUACAGCGACGAGGUGUGCGGGGCCGUCAUCAAUAUCCGCGCCAAGGGGGACAAGAUCGCCAUCUGGACCCGGGAAGCGGAGAACCGGGAAGGAGUCACCCACAUCGGGCGCGUCUACAAGGAGCACCUGGGCUUGUCGCAGAAGGUGGCCAUUGGGUACCAGGCCCAUGCAGACACGGCCACCAAGAGCAGCUCCCUCACCAAGACCAAGUUUGUAGUGUGACUGUGGGAGCGGGAUGCUGCCUGUGGAGUCCCCCUCUCCCAUCCCACAAUGAAUGGCUGCAG